CUUUUUGUUUCUACAGGACUGAACACGCGCGGGACGGUAAAACAAUUUAGCAAACGUGAACGGCUUCAUUUUUUUAAACGAAUUAUUGGACAAGUGUCUUAGAAAAUAUAAGGCAUAUCUUUAGGGUUAGUACAGUAUAUACUCACGUAAUGAGCUAACGUUACGUGCAUAACAUUGUUAGCUAACCGGUUAUUUGAAUUAUUAAAAUUAUUACAAACAUAGACUGGAACUAACUAGCUGGCCACACCGAAAGUCGUCCGCUUGGUUAGCUAACGUUAGUCGCCUUUGCAGGCAAGUCUUUAACUGUAGCAAGCGAGGACAAAGUAGUUAGCUACAUUAGCUAGUCUAGCUAAGUUGCAGUGCCAUAGCUAGCUGUGCAACGUUCAUUCAUUAGACUAGCCAAGUGCCGCAAUCAACAAACAAGGUAACUUCGCUUGCUAGCAAGUUCUUACAUAUCUGUUGCAAUAACGUUAGAGGUAGCUAGCUAGAACACUUACACAAUCAACAACGUUAGACAAUAUGACUAUAUUUAUCUAACGUUAGCAAAAGGAGCUUCAGUGCGUGAAAAACGGUUGGUAGUGAAUUUUAUAACGAGUAAAAACAAUGUUUAACUAACACGACUGCAUUUGAAAAUAACCAAUUCCAUAAGAAAACGUCGAGAUGAAUACGUCCAGAGUGUUCGGGUUCAAAACGAUGAAAACACUAUUAACAAAUCGUUCAAGGGCUACAAUAACCAGUGGAUUGCGUAGGCUGGCAUGUACACCUAGCUCCUGUCCCAGGGUGUGUAUUGUGGGUGGAGGACCUGCAGGCUUCUACACAGCACAGCACCUACUGAAAGCUCAUCCAGCCAUGCAGGUAGAUAUAUAUGAGCGGUUGCCCAUACCCUUCGGGCUUGUGCGAUUUGGUGUGGCACCUGACCACCCAGAAGUCAAGAAUGUCAUCAACACUUUCACUCAGACUGCUCAGCAUGAACGCUGCUGCUUCCAUGGCAACGUGACUGUGGGAAAGGACGUGAGUGUGGAAGAGCUGAAGCAGGCUUAUCAUGCUGUUGUGCUGAGCUAUGGAGCUGAGGGGAACCGCCUUUUGGGGGUUCCGGGUGAAAAUCUCUCGGGGGUUUACUCUGCUAAGGACUUUGUGGGGUGGUACAAUGGGCUCCCUUGCAACAAAGACCUGUGUCCCGACCUGAGCCAUGAAACGGCAGUUAUUCUGGGCCAGGGGAAUGUGGCUCUAGAUGUGGCCAGAAUACUGCUUUCUCCCCUUGACAUUUUAACGAAGACAGACAUCACACAGCCGUCCCUAGAGGCCCUGGCUGGCAGUAGGGUGCGUCGGGUUCUGAUAGUGGGCCGGCGCGGGCCCCUUCAGGUGGCCUUUACCAUCAAGGAGCUCAGAGAGAUGGUGAACCUGGCUGGUACCAGACCAGACAUGGUGCCUGCAGACUUUAAAGGCAUUGCAGAAGUACUGAAAGACCUCCCCAGGCCGAGGAAGAGGCUGACAGAGCUGAUGAUGAAGGCAGUGCGGGAAGCCCCUUCGGGCGAGGGGUCCACCUCCCGCCAGUGGGGGUUCCGCUUCCUGCGUAGCCCGGUGGAGGUUCUGCCCACCCCUGAUCUGACCCAGACCGCAGGCAUCCGGCUGGGCAUCAACCGUCUGGAGGGCUCAGGCGAUGGUGCUCGGGCUGUGGCGACUGGCGAAACUGAAGACAUUGAGUGCGGUAUGGUUAUAAGCAGCAUUGGGUACCAGAGCCUGCCAAUUGACCCCGCCGUGCCCUUUGACCCUCACAAAGCAAUCAUCCCAAAUGCAGUGGGCAGAGUACUGAAGACCUCAGGUUUGUAUUGCAGUGGUUGGGUAAAACGUGGCCCCACGGGUGUCAUCGCCACCACCAUGAAUGACAGCUUUGACACGGCCCGGGUGCUUAUCCAGGACAUAGAGACGGGCAUCCUGGACAUUUCCACUGCAAAGCCAGGAUCACAAACUGUCACUCCUCUCCUACAAAAGCGAGGUGUGAAUCCAGUGUCCUUCUCAGACUGGGAGAAGAUCGAUGCAGAGGAGAUGAAGAGGGGGAGCGUGGUGGGGAAGCCAAGGGAGAAGCUGUUAGAUGUGACAGAGAUGCUGAAGACCGUACAUUCCUAAGAGCCGGGGAUGCACUACACUACAAACACAAUCAUGUCAUUGUAUGCCAGUUGCAGUCUAAAUGAUUCAUUCCCAAGAAUUUUAUCUUUAUCAUUUCCAUCCAUCACUGCUGACAGCCAUUUUUGCUAUUACGAGAAUUAUUAAUGAUGCUCAGCUUACUGGAUGUGAUUCUGAAGUUCAUUUCUCUGAUUAAAUUCCCAUCAUUUCAUAACGAAGGACAUGCUGGGGAGAGGGACCUCUGGGCUAGAAAAGACCCCACACUGGAUGGAUGGAUGGGCCAUGCAGCCAAAUAUUAGACUUGAUUGCCUUGAUUUACUUUUUAGUUCAUCCGAUAACUUCAUUUUGCACAGAAGAAAAUGGUCAUAUGUCUGUUGUGAAUGGAUACUUCUUGCUGCUAGAUUUCACCUUUGGAAAUAGUCUGCUCUUAUUGGGGUGAAUGUUAGUAAUAAAGUAUGUUCUGAUUUCA